AUGAAGGCAUAUUAUGAGGCCAAUGAAGAGCCUGAUUCUGAGGUUCCCUCAACGUCGACGGCAGUUGGCAAUCAAUCCCCCGAAAGAGAAAUGCCUAUACUGAGCUCUGAAACUUCUGUCGGUAGGAUUUUAAAAGACAACAUGACUUUGGAUGCGGCCUGGCGGCUGGCACAUAUGGCCGAGGACACGUCGGGCCUCUCCUUUUCAGAGCCCACGGAGCUGAGCCGAGGCUUUAGAACGAAGUAGGUUUCACUUGUAAUUAAUAAUUUUUGUAGAUUAACCUCCGAUUCGGAGGGUGAUGUUGACGACAACAUAGUGGAACAACAGACUGUAAGGCGAAUAGCGGGUUGGCCGGCGCCAACACCCAUACUUCAGUAAGUAGCAGUACAUCUGAUGGUUUUUAGGGCAAGACUUGACGAAAACGUACAUACUUCCUCCGCCGGAUGGGGCAGGCCUUCACCUUUAACGGUCCCCUUACUUCCAUAAGCAGGUUAUAUUUAUCAUCCAUUUCAGACUGCAAACGGAAAAGGAUGCUUCUGUGGCGCAGAGUGACAUAUCAAGAUCAAUACAAAGGGAACUGACAACAUAGACCUUAAUCAGACGUCCUUCUUGAGGAGUUGCGACAACAGCGCGCCCUCAUAGUUAAAAAACUUGGGCAAAUACAUGCCUCCACCGUCGUUGUCGGUCAAAGGGUUCGCGCACUGCGCUUGCCGCUAUGCACGGAGGACGCCUAAGAAGACUUCGUCGGAAAGCUUAACGACGUGGCCGAUUUUCGGGAAGAAGUGGUAUUUAAAUACGCAGCUGUAUUUACUGUCCAUGUGUUAUAAAUGAAACAACUUUUCUCAGUUGUAGGAUGUAAUUACAAGGAGUUCGUGAGGAAUCUCCUCAGUAAACUGCUAGGACCACCCCUUUGUCAUAACUACUGUUUGGGUGGCUCAAUGCGGAAACAAUCAUUUGUUAGUAGUCCUUUAUAUGCACUCCUGUGUGGUAAGUUUUCCUCAUAUGUUAACCGUUUAGAUGCCAUUUGCCUGAACCCUACCUUUAGUGAUUGCACCCACGAAAUUGUUCGCAAGACGAUCAUUGAUUGGUUUCAUGGAUCAAGGGACCGGUAUAGCGGCCGGGCUAAAGGCCGCAUGGCAGUUGGAGGGACUAGCGAUGAUACACGUUGCCCCAUACUGUCUCCAUCUGAAGACACGGUAAUUGCCAUCAAUGAAAUUUACAUAUUUAAGGUUAAAUGUUCAUACUGCUGCAGCGAACUUCAUUAGUAUGAAAAUUGUUAUCUAAAUUUUGAAGUAGUAAUUUCCCUUCGUCGACCAUGUGUUUCCCCAAAAAUUGUUUUUCUUCGACUCUAGGAACGAGCCGUCUAUGCGGGGACUUAUGGACAGUCCAACUGAAUGGCAUAAAAUUUGUUAAAGUCCAUGUAUAUACUGACACUGGCAUUUAUUAUGAUUGUACAUCUUUUCCUAUUCCUUUUUGUUUCUAAUUAAAUAACCCAUUCACAUGAAUUCGCGUCACAUGUAUCUGAUAUUGGGUGCCGAUUAGUGGGUACAUGUACGGCGUGGUCACUGUGAGUACUAUGCAAUACCGUAAUACUCAACGUACGCUGCGUUGGUUUCGACGUGUAAUAUGUGGGAACAGUAAGGCACUGCGCCUCAGGGGACUCACCAUACGGGUCGAUAUUUUAAAGGGGGGCCAAAAGUUGGCGGAAUUGUGGCGUCCCCUGCGCAUUUUAUUCGCUGGCGGGGCCAGGAGGGGCUGUCGCGUAGAAUACCCUGCUACAGAUCCUUCCACAGCCCCGCCAAGCCCCUUCAUAACCCCCUCUAGCCCCUCCAUAUUUGAGGGGCUUGGUUGGGGCUAGGCGGUGCUGGUGCUGGAAGGGGAUUUUCAGUUGUUAGGUUGACAUUAAAAGCGGUCAAUGGAAAAGAUUUAUCGUUAAAACUGUAGUUUUUUUAAGAAAAAGUUUAUGCGGAAAACCCUUAUAUAUGCGGGUGAUACUUAACAGGAGUGAGGCUGUGUAGGGUGAAAAAUUAUGACGCUCCCCUCUGGAUCAUGCCGAUCCGAAUGACCUCACAGCUACCCCAGUAGCCUGUGUCGGGGUUGAAAACAAAUCCCGCAUGAACUCGAAACUCAUAUUCAUGUAUACCAAAGCGCAAAGUGUACUUUUAAAACUGGACGAACUCCGUAUCCAUACCUACGACCUCCAUUCAAACGUUAUCUCAAUAACAGAAACAUGGUUGUUCGAACAUGUUGAUGCUAGGAGCACAUGUACCCUGGAUUUUAACCGUUCCGCCGAGACAGAGAAAACAGAAGGGGUGGAGGCAUAGUAACAUUUGUUAAGAAUGGUUUGCACGUUUCAGAAAAAACUGCCCAACUGACUUGUAGUACCGAAGCAUUACGGCUGACCAUAUGGGCACCAGGCUCUCAAGGUCUCGAUAUCUUGACAGUAUAUCGCCCUCCGAGAAAUGACCCUGACGCUGAUGCCCAACUGCUGCAGGAGCUCAGAUAAUUUUCAACCCGGCCGACUACUCUCAUCGUUGGAGAUUUUAAUGCACCUCACAUAAACUGGAGCUCGGCCUCAGCUGACUGGUCUGAAGCAGAAUUUGACCAGCAGCUACUGCGUACCUCCGACAACCUGCUUCUCACCCAACACGUAAUGUUUCCAAUGAGAGUUCGAGGGGGCCAGCAAAUGAAUUGCCUUGAUCUAGUGUUCACAAAGUCGUCUGCCAACAUUGACGUUAUGAAUUGCCUUCCCCGUCGAGUCAGUGUGACCAUGUAGUUCUCAUAUGUGAAUACACCUUAUUCUCCCUGCCUGCAUAACCGCUCGAUUCCCGACCCAAUAUCUGGCGCGGCGAUUUCGAACAGAUGAAGAAGGAUCUUAGUCCUAUCGACUGGGCAUCCACUCUCUCCGGCGAUGUCGAAGAGGCUUGGUGUCAGUUCAAAGAGUUAGUUCACAACCUCAUCUCCGACCACUGCCCAAUCAUUCGCAGAAGACUAACAAAUAGACCCCGCUGGCUGACUCCGUCCUUAAUGAAGGAAGUUAACAAGAAGAGGAAGCUGUGGGAAAGAUCCCUGACUGACCUGACGCCAGAAUCCCUAUGCAGUUAUAAGUCACAGAGAAAUCGGGUCAAAAUUCUCAUUGCCAGAGAUCGGAAAGCCUCUGAAAAGAACCUUUUGAGCAGUGCCAUGGUUAGUCCCAAAAUCCUUUACAGCUACAUAAGACAGAGCACACGGAACAAAGAUCCCGUCCCACUGCUGCGAACGGCUGAGGGUGCGCAAAUCUCCAAUGACAAGGAUAAGGCUGAACAUCUCUAUCAGUUCUUCCGGUCAGUCGUGACAAGUGAAUCUGAUUUUUCUCACCCGCUUAUGAAGACGAAGAAACGCCUACUCUCGAAGCCGUCUUCUUCAUCCAACCAAUUGUUCGGAAUGAGUUACUAAGCCUAAAAGAAUCGACCUCCCCAAGCCCUGAUGCAAUUCCGGCCAAGCUCCUGAAGGAGCUAGCUCCCGAAAUGUCCAAGCCGUUGGCCUUGACCUUCCAAACGUCAUUUGUUACUGGACGCCUGCCCUCUGACUGGAAGUCCCUACCAUCACUCCGCUUUUUAAGAGCGGAAGUCGUGCGUCUGCAAAUAACUACAGGCCAGCGAGUCUUACCUCCAUCAGUUGCAAAAUCAUGGAUAAGAUCAUUAAGAAGGCCUUGAUGCAGUUUCUCGAGCAGUAUAAACUCCUCUCCGAUGCCCAACAUGGCUUUCGAAGUGGUAGGUCCUGCCUCACGAAUCUGCUCUUUACGCUCGAACGCUGGACCAAAGCACGUGAUGAAGCCAAUGUGGUGCACGCCAUCUACAUCGACUUCAAAAAGGCUUUCCACAGCGUUCCUCACCAACGUCCCUUUUACAAACCGCGUAACGUUGGAAUUCGUGGGCGCCUUCUUGUAUGGAUCCAAAGCUUUUUGGCUGGGCGGUCUCAAUGA